AACCCUUAAAUAUGAGUUUGAGUUGCCACCUUCCCGAUGCAGGUGCGUAAAUCAUUUAUCAGAUCAAUUGUCCACACGCCCGCAAACUGCCAUGUGCCGAUGUGCGGCUGUGUGUUGCACAAUGUCAUUAAACUGACGCCACAUCUGACGAAAGCUUUUGGUUUCACUUCAUUUUCCCUAUUCUUAUCGCGAAUCUGCCACCCACCCAGCCACUGGAACGGUGGCCAGUCCGAUGCUAAUGGUGUGCAUCUGACAGCCGUUGAAAUGAUGCACCACUCACUCAUGACACCGCGACGGCCCACCACCACCAUCAUCAUCAUCAUCGUCACCAUGAAUGCGGCGUGUCCAACAUGACACUUUCGAUAGUAAUCUCGUUACUGGGCAUUGUCGCAACCUGAGCCGAUGCUGGAUGCUCCAACUUUCACACGUCGAGGCGCACGUUACUUCCUCGAAAUCUUCCCCGCGGCAAGCGCCAUGCGUGUAGUAGUGUAGCGUGUAGCGCCCGGUGCCGACCUUCCCGGGAAUGAUCGAUGUUGACCGGGCCCGGUGGUAAAUCAAUGCCCGACGAGCAUAAUUAUGCUGUAAAUCUAACUGAUGCUACCAGUUCCCACGGCAGGCGUCGUAGUACUCGCAUAGUACGCGGCAUUCGGGAAACCGGCGGUAUAAAAGACCAGUGCUAAGUGGACUGCUGGGGACAGUUCAGUGGGAAGCUGAGAGUGAAUUUCUUGCUAAACUAGAAUACUGUUUGUGCGAAAUGAGUUCCACGACAAGGAGCGUGAGAUGCCAUCUGGUUCUGGUGGUGGUGGUGGUUCUUACCAUGGCUGGAACUGUUUCGAGCGGAAAAACAAGCUCCAGUUCCAAGUGUCAGGAAAAGUCGCUUACGACGGCCAGCGGAUUGAAGGCCCCUUCGGGUCCGUUCUGUCCUGGGGAUCUCAUAUUCGAGGAUACGUUCGAUGGAUUCGAUCUGGAGACUUGGCAGCACGAAAACACGCUCGCCGGGAAUACGGACUCGGAGUUUCAGUGGUUCACCAACAACCGCACGAACUCGUUCGUCCGAGAGGGCAACCUGUUUAUCCGGCCAACGCUGACGGUGGACGAGUUCGGGGAACCGUUCCUGCGUUCCGGCGUGCUUAAUAUCCAUGGUGGAUCCCCGGCCGAACAAUGCACCAAACAUUCGCCGGCCGGUUGCGAACGGGUCGGGUCGCACGGUCAGGUACUGAAUCCGGUCAAGAGUGCCAGCAUCCGGACGGUCGAAUCGUUUGCGUUCAAGUACGGGAAGGUCGAGGUAAGCGCCAAGCUGCCGGCGGGCGAUUGGCUCUGGCCAGCGAUUUGGUUCCUGCCGAAGGUGAACGCGUACGGUCGAUGGCCAGCAUCCGGCGAGAUCGAUCUGCUCGAAUCGAAAGGCAAUCGGGAUCUGAUUAAGAAUGGUAUCAACGUUGGCAUCGAGCAGGUCACGUCCACGCUAAAGUUCGGCCCGAAUGCGGCGUACGGUGCCGGGUACGGAGCACCGGGCACCUCCUUCACGCGUAAUUCGGAAUCGGGCAAGGGCUACCAUACCGGGUUCAAUCGGUACCAGAUGGAGUGGACACCGGACCACAUAACGUUCAGCAUAAAUGACAUCGAGACGGGCACGGUGAAGGUUGGGACCGGGUUUUGGCAGAAGGGCAACUUCAAUAUCAGCGCACCGGGCAUCGAUAAUCCGUGGCGGUACGGCAGCAUUAUGGCACCGUUCGAUCAGGAGUUUUACUUCAAGAUAUCGGUGGCCGUCGGUGGAUCGGAGUACUUCUCCGACGACGACAUCAAUCCGACGCGCAAACCGUGGCACAACGGAGCACCGAACGCGAUGACCGAGUUCUGGAACGGAAAGAACGAUUGGUUACCGACGUGGAAGCUGGAUGACGGUGACUCGAAGGAUGCAACGAUGCAGGUAGACUAUGUACGGGUUUGGGCCCUGUGAUAAGCUGGAGGAGGAGGACCCCUACAAUGGAUCCAAGAACCAGUUUCGAUUGAUUGUAGUUGCUGGAUAGAAAGUUGAUAAUAAACUCUAGCUGUGUUAUCCGUUUAAAAUCCCAUCCAUUACCCAUUGUUCGACGCAAG